AUGUCUCCCUUCGAAAAUAAAGGACUAAUACUGGGCAUAAUGGCAGGGACUGCUGGAAUAAGCCUGAUGCUGAUUUGGUACCGUAAGAUCCGAAAACCCGAUGCAGCUGUGCAUAUACCUGUGCUCCUAGAUGUAGGUAACAGGCUUAAUUCUGUGGGCUUCCAAAAUGAAGCGCCUAAUGAGCAAGGAGUAGUAAUGGUUUUACACGGAAGGCAACUGCAGAUACUGGAAAAAUUGAAUGGCUUGCUAGUAAGUGUGGACGAGCUGAAGAGAGAGGUGAAAUUUCUGAAAGAAGCUAUUCCAAAGCUUGAAGAGCUUGUUCGAAAUGAGCUUCAAGGAAAGGGAGAUGUUCAGAGAGUUAGCCCGUCACACAGAGCAACAAAGCGGAGAAAAGCUGAGACAGCUUCUGGUGCAACAGAAACUACCAGCUCUGAGGAGGCCGAAAGUGAAGGAGGUUAUCUUACAGCUCAUACUGAUUCUGAAGGAGACUCCGAGGAAGAAAAGGGAUGUACAAAAUCCCCCGAUGCCAUUGUGAAAUCAGAAGAAGAAGAGUUAUUUAAUCUUUUACAGCAGGUGGACAAUUUGCACAAGGGCUCAGAGGAUGAUAAAAAGGAGGGCUUCAGACUGCUGCUUGAGAAAGAUGACAAGUAUGAAAGCUGUGUGGACUUUCUUUGGAGGCUUGCACGCGCUUAUGGAGAUCUGUUUGAGAUGACUACUGAUGCUGAGGAGAAGAGGAAGUAUGUUACUGAUGGGAAGAUUAAAGCUGAAAAGGCUAUUCAGCUGGAUGGCAGGAGUGCUGAGAGUCACCAGUGGUUUGCAAUUAUGUGUGGCUAUAUGUCUCAGUUUGAAAGUGUACAAAACAAAAUCAGGAAUGGUUAUCUCUUUAAGGAGCACCUAGACAAAGCAAUUGAACUUAAGCCACAAGAUCCUUUUUUAUAUUACCUAAAUGGAAGAUGGUGCUACUCAGUAUCUCAGUUGUCUUGGAUUGAAAAGAAAGUAGCUGCUGCUCUCUUUGGGACUCCACCAACUUCAACAGUAGAAGAAGCAUUGCAGAAUUUCCUUAAGGCAGAAGAAAUGCAUCCAGGAUAUUCCAAAUACAAUUAUGUAUAUUUGGCAAAGUGCUAUAAAGAUCUUGGCCAGAAAAACAAUGCACUGAAGUACUGUGAUUCUGCACUGUCAAUUCUCUCAGUUACUAAUGAGGAUAAAGAGGCCCAGAAAGACUUAGAGGCUUUACUUCUCACACUGAAGCUGUGAUACUACACACUUUUUAACUCUUCAAGCUGUGAUAAAACUGGAAUGAAAAUCUAUAGGACUGGGAACUGCGGGUGAAUUCCAGCUAAGUCAGUGGGAAAACUGUCAUUGAUUUUUAGCUGGCUUGGAUCAUGGCCUUUAAGCAUCUGGUGAUUAUGAUAUGAAAAUGAUGCAUUCAUUUUUGAUUAUUUAUAAUCUUGUACUGAAUUUUCAUUUUAGGUUGCUGACACUGUGAGUCUGAUUCUCUGAACAUGAAGUCCACUGCUGGCAAUGGACAUACUGGGGGUUAAAAUGCAAAAUGCAUAAAUCUCACUCUUUGAAAGAUUAAUCCACUAGUAUGUGAUGCCAGGAUAGAACUGUGUGUAGCAAAAACAAAAAAACAAAUGUUUCUAUAGUAAAUUAUAUUUGUAUCAACUAAUUUACACAGAUGUGUACAAAAGAAAAUCAUAAACAUUUAUGUUUACACAUUUCUCUACUCUUAUAAAAUUAGAAUCUUGCUGAAGUUAAAGAAAAAGCUUUUGCCUCCACAAAGCUGUUUUUACUUUAAACCUACUGUUGGUUUUACA